AUGGAAGAAUUCAUGCCCACAGCCAAAGUACAAGAGGAUAUCGUAGCUGAUCUGGCUCACAUUGUUCCUAGAGUUAUUGUUCACCACAUGAAACCAUACAAAGAAUUUAAGAAUGCAGUGGUAUACCAUAUUCCUCAUGAACACACAAAUGAAAUGUCCACAAACUCUGAAAUUGUAAGUAAAUUUACUAAUAUCAAAUAAGAAUAAAAUUAUCUGGCAUUAUGCAGAAUAAAACUCUAUUCUCUAAUAAUAAAAUAGGGUGCAUCUGAGUACAUUGCCACUUAAAGGGUUAAUCACUGGUUGUAAUGAUCAAAAUAAUAUAUACAUAAUUGGUUAAUGCUUUUGCUUUGUUCCUAUUGUCAUUUCGUGCUGUCAAAUUGUUUACUAAUAAAAAUAAUUAAUUAAGUUAGAAUACAUUUAUUUUCAAUUUAAAUUUCAGUGCCCACUAGGACUUCAUUUUUUAAAUUCUAAUAAAGCCGCAGAGAUGGCUCAGAUUCUGGAUGACGUGCACAGUAAAUACGUUCCAACAGUAACUUUGGAUAAUGUACCAGUAGUCCUUGAUCAUGUAAUAUUGGAUGGUGAUCAAUUAACCGAGGAGAGAGCAAGGAAUGCUCAGUGGGCAAAUUCACUGGCUGGAACACAGGCAGAAAGAAUGGAAGGAAUAACACCUGCUUUUGCUGAUUGGCAUCUAAAAAAAAAUUCUUAA